AUGUCCUCACUCAACAGAAACACAAAGCAAAGUCUCAGGAGACUAAAAGUGAUGAUGAAGACUUGGGUUUGGAUGAACAACAUGCAGAAUCUAAUGUCUCUGAAUCUGAUUGAAAUAAAUAAGUCCAUGCAUUAUUGGAUUCCUGUCGAUUCCGGCCGGAAUCCUGUGGAAUUCCAGGAAUCCUACCAGAAUUUCAGGAAUGCUACUGGAAUUCCAGGAAUCCUACUGGAAUUCCAGGAAUCCUACUGGAAUUCCAGGAAUCCUACUGGAAUUCCAGGAAUCCUACUGGAAUUCCAGGAAUCCUACUGGAAUUUCAGGAAUCAGUGGAGGAAUGGAAAGUAUUGUGCCAGCCAUACCACCACCAGGUUGAAUGCAAAAUUCAGCAUCAAGACGGUCGACAAUUACCCCACGUACUCAACACUAUGCCACGCGCUCAACUUGAACACUACGCCACGCACUCAACACUACGCAACGCGCUCGACAUUACGUGACACGCUCGGCAUUACGCGACGCGCUCAACACUAUGCGAUGCCGCGUGAUAUUUAG